AUGGCUACUUCUCCACAGCCUAAGACCCCUCAGUCGAUCCCCGAUGCAGACGAGGAUAUCAAGACCACAGACGAUUGGGCGGGUCUCACCGAUCCCGCAGAGCGUCGAAGGCGCCAAAACCGAAUUAACCAAAGGGCGCGCCGGAGACGUCAACGUUUACAAGCCAACAAAGAUGUUCAUCCCAAGAGCGUGAUAACACCUUCACCGUCUCCACCUUCCUCGGCUAUAGUUCCCUUAGGUCUGCCGCUGAGCCAAACACUCGAGGAGGUUGGUUGUAUGAACUCCGCUAGGCGGCAAAUACUUCGCCAAUUCGCUCAAAAUGCAUAUCAAAGCUAUAUUCACGGCUCCCCAACUGCUGACCAUCUUUUAAUGUUGACAAAAGUCAACGUCUUUCGAGCAUUCGCGCACAAUAUCCGCCUAAUUGGCGGUGAUCUCAACCACAUGAACGAUGAGGCAAUAUCAAUAUUUAACAAAGCACUACCAUCACCGCCCGACGGAUCACCAUCAGAUCGAAGUAUAGACAUGCCAGUUAGUCUACUUCCUACAAAGAUACAAAAAACGAUCCCCCAUCAUCCAUGGCUCGACUUCUUUCCUAUCCCCAAAAUGCGAGAUAACCUCAUUCAAGCUGGCGAUGACUGGGAUGAUGAGGAGCUUUGUCUUGACAUUAUGGGAUUUUGGAGUAAUUCAUCAUCUACUGAAGCGGGUCUUUUAGUCUGGGGCGAUCCUUGGGAUGUCAGGAAUUGGGAAUUGACUGAACCUUUUUUGAAGAGAUGGCAAUGGGUUGUAAGGGGGUGUCCGGAGAUAAUGAAUUCCACGAAUGCUUGGCGAGCAAAACGUGGGGAGAAGUUGAUUUUCCGAUAUAUAUAG